UUAAAUAUACUUCAAAAGCAUUUCAUAAUGAUUCAACACUUUAUAGUGGGAUUUUGAAAUUUCCAACACCUCCAAAACUUCCUUGGACCGAGAAAGAUAUUAUAAUUUUAACAAACGGAUUAUGUCAAUCAUCAUGUGCAAUUAUAACUCAAAGAUUAGCAGAAAUUAAUGUUCUACCAUAA